CUGUCGCUGGGAGAAUCCGAGAGCAGUUGGUGGCAUCAAAACGUUUUUGGGUUCCACUGGGACGACGGCGAGGUGAAUCACCUUUUGGCACGGGCGGGGUUCACAAGGCAUUACCCAUUAUGGCUCUUUCAUCUGCUGUGGAGCAUCUUGGGGGCAUGGCCAUUUACACUGAUAAGUGGAUUUAAUUUACCUGUGUUACGGACGGCGCGCAACCCAGGUUUCUACGAUCCGUGGCCGUACGAUGAUGUCACGCUCGAGAACCCAUCGUACGGUGGUCUGUUUAAAGCCAAGUUGGAUUGGACGUUGGUGAGAUAUUUCAAGGUGGUCCAGAAGUGGACAGGCAACGCCGAUUAUCGCGCGAGUGAUCAUCGGUAUUUGAUGGUCCGAAUCACACCAGAUGAGGUGACUCAAACUGAAGAUUCAAAUUACCACGUCACCUGGGCGGCUCGACGGCGACAAUAUGAAGAAGAAAGCGCAUUGGCGAUGAUUUCAAGAAGGAAAUCGGCCAUCGUUACGGCUCUUAUUAUCGCCGUUAUC